GUCACAGCAGUCACAUCGUUUGGGGGAAACCCUGUAAAGCGUCUGUAAAGUUUUAUUUUCGGGCGAGCUGAGCUGGUUUUAGUCUGAUGAGGUUUUUCUCUCAGACUUGGCGAAGAAUAGAAACUUUUUCUUAGACUAUAAAGGAUUUUUUUAAAUCCUCACCGCCGUUUGGAGCAGGUGAAGACGCGUUUCAGAGAUCAACAACCAGCAGAGGUGAAGUCUGCAUCUGACAACAUCCAGGUGCUGUCAGGAUCCUUGAGCAACAGACGAGAGGUUCCUCCAUAUUGAAGUCCCUUUCUGGUCUCUCCCAGUAGCCAUGGCUGCCAAUUUCACCCCCCCUAGGGGUUGCGGCCCUGAUGUGGACUCCCUCUAUUACAAACUGUGUGAUCUCAGUGCCGUUUGGGGCAUUGUGGUGGAGGCCUUCGCAGCAGCUGGCAUCAUCUUCUCCUUCGUCCUCUUCAUCUCGCUGCUGGCCAGCUUAGCCUUCACACAAGACAAGAACCGCAAGAGCUCAGUAGGUCUCCAAGCCUGUUUCCUGAUCUGCAAUGCCGGUCUGUUCUGCCUCACCUUUGCCUUCAUUGUGGGGAAGGACUUUUCUACCUGCACCUCGCGGAGGUUCCUCUUCGGGGUGCUGUUUGGCGGGUGCUUCGCCUGCCUUUUGAUGGAAUGUGUGAGGCUAAACAUCCUCGCCAGGCGCAACAGCGGGCCCCAGGGAUGCGUCUUAUGUCUAGGGACGGUGGCGUUGUGGCUGGUGGAGGUGGUCAUCAACACAGAAUGGCUGAUCAUCACAAUAGUGCGCCAUCCACUCAACAUCACAGCUGGUUUGGGUGGAGAAACACUUAUACCUUGCAACAUCGCCAACGAGGACUUUGUCAUGGCGUUGAUCUACGUGAUGACCCUGAUUCUGGCUGUAGUGGUGGCAAGUCUGACCAUCAUGGGGGGCAAACACAAGCAGUGGAAGAAGGAAGGCGUAGGCAUUCUUCUGAGCAGCCUGUUCUCUGUGUGUAUUUGGGUGGCAUGGAUCGUCAUGUACGUCUACGGGAAUGAAAGGGUGGGGACAAUCCCAACAUGGGAUGAUCCCACCUUGGCCAUCGCCUUGGUGGCAAACGCCUGGGUGUUCCUGCUCUUCUACACUAUUCCCCAUAUCUGCUGUUUCGGCGGUGAUGAUGAAAGCCAGGAAAACUUCGGGGAAGACUUGUACCCAAGCCAAGGAGUCGGAUACGAGACGAUAUUGAAGGAACAGAGCUCCCAGAAUAUGUUCAUGGAAAACAAGGCUUUCUCUAUGGAUGAGCCCAACCAAGCAUCCAAACCCGUAUCUCCAUACAGCGGCUACACCGGCCAGCUGCGUAGUUCAGUGUACCAGCCUACUGAACUGGCUCUCAUCACUAAGGCAAUAGGAAAUCACCCGCCGGACGUUCCCUAUGACUCGAUCAUUCCCAGAGCUUCCACCAACUCUGCAGGCGGCAGCGGGAGCAGCACCCUGUCGCAACACAACGAGAUCGGCAACACUCCUUACACACAGACAAACGGAAAUAGCGUAGGGGAACGGUCUGCAUAGGAUGUCCCAGUGGUGAACACCCCGUCGUUCUCAACGCCCCUUCAAAAUAAUUUCAGGUCAUGUCAUUUCAUUUGCACUUGCUGUCUGCCGUUUGCUGUUAUCCAUGGUUCUCUAAGCUGGCUCUAAGAGAAACCCUCAGCCCCCCGACAUGCGGAGGUGAACGCUGGGUCAUCCCCACUGAUGGUAAACAGCUAAACCUCCUAUUGACUGAUCUCCUGUGUGCCACUGAGUAUCAGACAGCAUACAGCUUCAUUUGGAAGUCAAAGCGAGGGGGAUGAAGCCACGGCUUUGCUGCAGAACAAAGACUUUUUGCAGUGGUCGCCAUUCACUGAGAGUGAGCCGUGAGCUCUCUGCUGGACCCGAUCACACAGAUGAAGAGUGAUGGUGCUGACAGCGCAAAAAUAAUGCAAAGAAAAGUCAAAAAAAAUGUUGGGAGUGUUGUUUUUUUUGCCUCAACGUGAUAAUAAAAAGUACACACCCCUCCUCCUUAUACACAAACAUCAUGAACUAU